CGCCGCCCACCACCAGCUACGCACCGCCUGACGUGCCCUCAGGGCUCGGCCUGCUUCUCACCAUCCCCUUUGCUUUCUUCCUGCCGGAGCUGAGCCCAUGAAUUCUCCAAAACAUGCAUAAAUGCUCAUCUUCCUCAAGACAAUAGCAGUAGAAGUCUCAUAAGGAGUAGGGUGACAUAACUGUCUCUACAUACUGGUUAGUUGUAAACUAAAAACUCUGAGUCUAGAAAGCCAGGAAUAUAUUAUGAAAAGAAGAGCCUGAACAUAGUACAGCUGAACUAGACAGAAGUCAGCAGAGUUGUUUGGUCCAGAAGUUCUCUAAUAGUAUCAUUCAGAACUGAGCUAUCACCACAGAUAUGUGCUUCCAAUCAGAAUUCACCAAACAUAGGAGGGAACAAGUGAAGAGGAAUGAAAAUUAAUGGAAGCCACAAACUACAGAAUCAAACUACUAUGACCAAGGUAUUCGGGUUCUGGGUCUGGGUCCUGGUAGCUGCCACACAGGUAGCAACCCCGUUGCUGCAGGGAUGGGUGAUGUACGUCUCCCUGACCUCCUUCCUCAUCUCACUGAUGUUCUUUUUGUCUUACUUGCUUGGAUUUUACAAAAGAUUUGAGUCCUGGAGAGUGCUGGACAGCCUGUACCACGGGACCACAGGCAUCCUGUACAUGAGUGCCGCUGUCCUACAAGCUCACGAAACCAUCAUGUCCGAGUCUGCAAACCUGAAAAACUACUACAUCAACACUGCAGCCUCGUUCUUUGCCUUCAUCACCACCCUGCUCUACAUUCUGCAUGCCUUCAGCAUCUAUUACCACUGAAGCAUCUGGCCGUGCCCAGUGAGAAAUGCUCCCGGAAAGCCCGGGUUCAACACUUGCCACAUGGAUGAUAAACGGAUGAACUACCAAAGCGUGCAUGGUGUUAACAGUCUGUCCUUCAGGAUGAACAACAAGAGCCCUCUGGCACAUUUCCCUGGACACUUUCACCCACAAUAAUACGAGGAAGCGGACCAUGAUCUGACCAUGAACCCAGCUCCUCUAGAAAAUUAAUUUGGAAGCCCUCACGGCUGAGAAUCCCAGCCCCACUGCCAUCAUACCUGUUGGGGAUUCUGCCACAGCAGUGAGCCCUCCAUAUAUUUGGGGAUAUUCAGUCUUACUUUCUUAAAAUCAGAAAGGCCCCUUGCAGUCUCUCAAAUAAGCCUCCUUGCAUAGGCCUGUUCCUUUCAGGCCUCUGCCCUAGAACCUGGUCCAGACCUGUCUCCUCUCCUGCCCUGGGGACAAGGGCUCCAUUUUCCCUCCCUUCUCUCCACCCACAGCAUUGGAAGCCAAGGAAAAAUUGACUUAGAACCAACUGAGAGGAGAAAUUUGUGGGGAAAAUAAGCAAUUGGCUCUAAAAUCAUUGUAUAAUAAGACCUGGGGAUGUGGGUGGGAGGCAUAGCCUGCCGAUCCCCAAGCCAAACCCUCAGAGAACUUCCUGGCCUAGUGCGCCUGCUCCAGGCCACCAUGACUCACCUCCUAAGGACUAGAAGCUGCCUUAUCCCUCAGAAGGACUCUCCCUGAAGGAGGGGGGAGUCACAUCCAUGGAUUCUCCUCUGGCCCCCUGCCAGAGGCACAAGGGAAGUGACAACUACCCUAUCAUCUCAGGGGUGGGACAGGACCACCUCCCAGGGAUCUGCCAGGUCACCUGCUCCCCUUGGUACCCUCUGGGUGGGGCCAGGCCCUCCCAGGGCUGCCAGAACCUCUACCUGGAAAGGUAUUUGCAUCUUGGAGCUAUUCUCCAAGAAGAGUCUGGCACAGCACACACAGAAAUGCCAAAUGAAGGUGCUUGGUUUAAAAGGAAAUGUUUCUCCAAGGAAAGCUGUGCUCUCUGGCAUUUCACUACCUGGGCAGGGGUCUGGUGGGCCUCGGGGCCAGGUCUCCUGACCCAACAGGUGAGGGGGCACUCCUGGAAACUGCUUGUACCUGCUAUCACUUGGAAAUGAAAUAAAUUAUUAUGUGAAAGGGUAAUAAUUACUGAUGGUGGAGCUUACUGUUUUGUAUCAACUUUUUUUCAUUGUUUGGGGGUAUAGAAGUCACCAAAGAGAAAACUCUGGCUUUGCUAUCAUUUACUGUCAUUUUCUAGUUGUCCUGAUAGCCCUAAAAGCCACCAUUCAUUGCUCUUUUUGUACCUGGCGGCUGUCUGGGAUGGUCACUGUUCAAUAUUUACUGAGUGGCCACACACAAAUAAAACCUGUUUUUAGA